UUUAAUAUCUUCUUAUAUAAUCACAUCCCUCUCUCUUUCUAUCCCUACACACUUCAUUGUUCGUCCCAAAUUACCGACAUUACUACAUAAUAACAUGCUUCAAACUUCAAAAACCACCUUCAUUUCUUCUAUGUAUUCUGCCAUCUCUGCUAUUUUUUUCCCUCGGCCUUCUUUCCUUUGACUUCACUUCUGCCACUUUCAGCCUUUCAACAAGCUCGAGACCAAUAACUUCCACGCUGUCCCUCGUUCAAACGCAAACAAAUUAAGGUGUCGUUGCUAAAGCCUAGUUUAGUUAGUUAGAUGAUAGGUGAGGUUAACGUUGUCACAUUUACAUGCUCACACGCGUCCAUCUUAGUUUUUCUAAAUUGUUUUUACCCUUUAAUUCAGCGCUCAACACAACCAUUUCCUUUUAGAAUUGAUAUUUUAGAAACAUUGGUGGAAUAAUAAUAGUCUUUCUAUAUAUAUACAUAGUAAGGUGUUUGAUGGAAGCGAAUGGAAUAGGUAGUGUAAUUUACACUAGCAUAAACACUUCAUUGCUAGGAAUAGAGAAUAACACAUUACAGCAAAACCCACACAACAAUUUGCAUCAUCAUCAUCCUCCUCCUCAAAUGGUUUAUUCUACACACCAUGACACUGAAUCACACCCUUCACAACAGCAACAACAACAGCAACCACAGCAAGCAAUGAAACAUGGAUACCCUUAUUCUUCCAAGAAACCACAGAGCAGCACCUUCAGUGAUGAAGAUGAACCUGGUGGUGGUUUCGGUGCAGAUGAAAGCUCUGGUGACCCGAAGAGGAAGGCCUCGCCAUGGCACAGGAUGAAGUGGACCGACGCCAUGGUUAGGCUUUUGAUAAUGGCGGUUUACUACAUCGGAGACGAAGCUGGUUCAGAAGGUGUAGGAGGAGGAGGAGGCGGCGGUGGUGAUCCAAGUGGGAAGAAGAAGAACACCGGAUUGCUUCAGAAAAAAGGGAAAUGGAAAUCAGUGUCGAGGGCUAUGAUGGAGAAAGGGUUCUACGUUUCUCCUCAGCAAUGUGAAGAUAAAUUCAAUGAUUUGAACAAGAGGUACAAGAGGGUCAACGAUAUUCUUGGAAAAGGAACAGCUUGUAGGGUGGUUGAGAAUCAGAGCUUUUUGGAAACCAUGGAUUUGUCGCCAAAGAUGAAAGAAGAGGUGAGGAAGCUUCUCAAUUCUAAGCACCUUUUCUUUAGGGAAAUGUGUGCUUACCAUAACAGUUGCGGCCACGGCGGUGGUGCUGCUGCUGUUACUGCCGCCGGCGGUAACGGGCAACACUCGGCUGAGGCGGGAACAGAACAACCUUUACAUAUUCAACAACCGCAACCGCCACAGCAUCAGCAGGGACAGCAGAGAUGCUUCCAUUCAUCGGUGAAUGGGGUUGGGAUGCUGAAAGAGGACGAUGAUGACGAGGAGGACGAUGAAUCUGACGAUUUCUCUGACGAGGAUGAAGAGGAAUCAGGAGAAGGUGGUGGCUCAAGGGGUCAAGUAGAGGAUGAUGAGAAUGAUGUAGUGAGGUCAAGGAAGAGACACAGGAACAAGGGAGGGUUCUGUGUGACAUCAUCAUCAACAUCAGCGUCUCAAUUGAUGCAGCAGUUGAACAACGAGGUUGCUGGGGUUCUGCAAGACGGAGGAAAGAAUCCAUGGGAGAAGAAGCAGUGGAUGAAGAAGAGGGUGCUCCAGCUGGAGGAGCAGCAGGUGAGGUACCAUGUGGAGGCCUUUGAGCUUGAGAAGCAGAGGCUCAAGUGGGUCCGGUUCAGUUCCAAGAAGGAGAGGGACAUGGAGAGGGACAAGCUGGAGAAUGAGAGGAGGAGGCUAGAGAAUGAGAGGUUGCUCUUGCUUCUUCGCCAAAAGGAGCUUGAAUUCACUGCUCUUCAUCACCUCAAGCACCAGCAACAGCAGCAACAUUCUUCUACCUAGGUGAAGUUAGAUCAAAAUAGAUAGAGUUUACAACUUAGAUUAGGAGAUUUUUCUGUUCUACUAUUUUAUGUUUUCUGUGAGGAAUUUUCAUGUGAUAAUAAUAAUAAGGUAAAUUUUACUCUA